AUGGCGCUUCGAAAAGUAUACACAUGUGUCACGGGGAAGCAAUUUGAAGUCCGAUACGCGAUGGGGGACGCGGACGACGCUCAGUACAACGCGGUGCAACGCGUACUGGGAGGCCUCAAUGACUUACACUAUGCAACAACCGAAGCCCAGUUCAUCAUCACCCAAGAGCGCGUGCUGGACGAUUGGUCCUUACAUCCAGGGCUCGCUUCCUUUAAGGAGUACUUCGCUAGAGUGUGGCUUUCAAGCCGUUUCUGCCGAUGGCAGAUAUUCCACACGCCACCCGCGUUUGCGACGACGAACAAUCCUGUCGAGAGCUUCAAUGGUGCUAUUAAGCGCGACUACACCCUGCGCUCUCGGAUGAAAAUGGGCUCGUUACUCCGCCAGUUGAUGGCAUGCUGCGUAAAUGAAAGCACAUCAUCCACAGCGUUUGCCGUAGAAACCACUCCAACCGUCACGCUGGUCCACCGUGUAAGCGAGAUGAGGAGAGCGGGGUUGCUCUUCGAAGACACCAAAGAACGCGGGACUUUUGAAGUUUUGCUUAAUGACGCUCCUGCCGACGACGUCGGUGCUGCGAGCGCUGAGGUGGUAAAUGUGGUGUCUCGGCGAGUUGCCCGUAUCUACGAUCCUGAGACAAAACGCUCGCGUAAAGAUCUGGCGGUAACCGCUCAGCUCGGUCAGCACACAGCGCGCAUGGAAGUCGCUGGAAUACCAGCGACUGGUUGGCCAGUAAACACUCGGCAGUGGUCGUGUCCUUGUGUUUAUUGGGCGAAGUAUGGAGCGUGUGUGCACACAUUGCUCGCAAAGCACGUCCGAGGUGUGCAUGUCAUGAAUUCUCGGGAGAAGCUGGAGUACCGCGGCCCAAAUCGGCGGAAGUCCGGAUGCCAACAGGCUGGACGUCCAAGCAGCAACACCCCAGCGCUAGUGAUAGAGAAGAUACUAUUUUAA